AUGGCACGACAAGGUCAGAUUGUAUGCUAUGUCUGUGGAAGAGAGUUUGGUUCCAGAUCCAUCACCAUCCAUGAGCCUCAAUGCUUGAAGAAGUGGAACAGUGAAAAUGAAAAGCUGCCAAGUGGACAACGUAGACCUGCUCCCAUCAAACCUGACAUUUUACCAUCGAUAGGAGGAGGUGGAGGCAAGUCUGACCAUGCUCGAUUUAAUGAAAUGGCCUUGCAGGCAGCUCAGGCCAACCUGGCAGAGUGUGGUAACUGUGGCCGGACAUUUCAGCCUGAUCGUUUGAUAGUUCAUCAACGCAGCUGUAAAUCUGGCAACUCUGUUAAACCUGGUAGCAAGAACAGGAACAGUAGUAAUAUAAAUAACAGUAAUGAGAUAAGACGCCCUUCAACAGUAACUCUUUCUUCUCCAACUGUUUUAAAACUUGAUGAAGCUGUAGACAUUUCUACAAAAUCCAUUCAGUCAACCAAAACUGUCAAUUCCAAAAUACAGCGUACAUCAAACAAUCGACUGAAAAGUGGAAAUAACAGCGGUAGGCCAAUCAGUGCAAAGGGCAGAACACGGCCAGGCUUUUCAAAUAACAGUCAAGACAAAAGACAGCUUCAGAUCAACAACCAGAAAAAAGAAGCAAAUAUAGAAAUGAACCGAGAAAAGACUUUCACAUCUUCAGCACCAAAGGGAACCCCUAAACAAAAGCGAGGUCCACCUGGGUCUAACUUUGUAUUUUGUUACAUCUGCGGGAGACAGUUUACCACUGCUUCGAUAGGUAUCCAUGUGUGCUUGGUUAAUAGAAAGUGGUGGAAAGGAUGCGCUGCAGGCAAUGAAGCUUCACAGGCAAAUCUUGUGCCUUGUCCUAACUGUGCACGAACUUUCAACCCUGACAGGUUGAUCGUCCACCUUAGAUCUUGCAAGUCAAAAGGUGGUGCUUCAGGUAGUGCACCCACUACAAACAGUUCUGCGGCUUCAAAGACUGACUUGGGAUCAGCACCAGCUAUGGGCACUAAAAUCCGAGAGGCUUCUCCCCAGCGUGCUCGUACGGUGGUUUGCUAUAUCUGUGGCCGGGAGUUUGGAUCCAAAUCAAUAUCAAUCCAUGAGCCACAGUGUUUAGAAAAGUGGAAAGUACAAAAUGCUCAGUUGCCUAAAGAACAACGCCGGCCGAUUCCACGUAAACCUCAGGGUCCAGUUUCCAGGGAAGAAAUGAAUGAAGCAGCAUGGAAAUCAUCACAAGCACAGUUGGUCCCAUGUCCAAACUGUGCCCGGAAGUUUGCACCCGACCGAUUAGUGGUGCACCAAAGAGCAUGCAAGCCUAAAGGUGGCGGAGGGGGUGGAGCUACAAGCACAGCUGCCCCAACUAAAUCUCCAGCAGUGAUCAGAAAACCUGCCACUAUCGUCUGCUACAUCUGUGGGAGAGAGUUCGGAUCCAAGUCUAUCUCCAUUCAUGAACCUCAGUGCAUUAUAAAAUGGCACAUUGAAAAUGAUAAGCUACCAAAAAGUAUGAGACGCCCUGAGCCAAAAAAGCCAGAAAUGAGGGUUAUCGGAGGCACUAAGAGUGGAGCAUAUGAUGUUGAUGCUAUAAACGAGGCAGCAUGGCAAAGUGCACAGAGUAACCUUUGCCCAUGUGAGAACUGUGGUCGGACCUUUUUGCCUGAUCGACUCAUAGUUCACCAGAGAAGCUGCCGACCAAAGCCUCCAAAGAUAGAAAUGUGA